AUGAAGACUAAUGACAAAUCAGAGUUGCCAGAGAAGAAGAGCAGGGGAAGACACUGGACCGACUUAGAAGUAUGGCUCAUUGCACUGCUUCUUAUGUUCAUAUGUGCCUGUGUUGGGUUGAUCGUGUUUGCGUGGAUUUCAACGAAAGAUCAAGAAAAGUACUCUAUGAUGUGUGUCACUGAAACCAAUAGCACUGCAUGGGGAUCCUUCAAAAUUGUGUCAGGAGCAACAUACACAUCCAGUUUGCAAGACCAGGGCUCUGCUGACUUUAAAAUUCUCGCCUUUGAUGUGCAAAGAAUGUUAAAUGAAAUUUUUCAAGUCAGUCAACUGUACUUGGAAUACAGAACAUCAGAAAUUUUGGAAUUCAGAAAUGGCAGCGUCAUCGUGGUGUUCACUGCUCAAUUUACACAAGUUCUAUUGCAUGAAAAUAUUCAGAAGGCUCUAACUCUCGGGAUUCAGGGAAACCAUUCGCAACUCACAGCAAAGUACAAAGUAGAUGUCUCAACCAUAAUGAUCACAGAUUCACACCCGUUUACUACAGCAAGUUCUAUCACAAGUAGACCAACCACUGCAGCUCGUUGUCCACCCUCCCAGAAACUGUGUAAUGAUGCUGUAACAUGUAUACCAGAGAAUCGCUACUGUGAUGGAUUGCCUGAUUGCCCAGAUGGAUCUGAUGAAUAUAACAGCACAUGUGCAUCUCCAUGUGAUGGACAGUUUUUACUAACAGGAGAUUCUGGAACAUUUCACUCCAAAAAUUACCCCCACCCAUAUGAGCAAAACCUCUCAUGCCGCUGGAUAAUAAGUGCUAGGAACGGCUUUAACAUUAAACUUAAUUUCACAUCUUUUGAGAUUAGCAAUUACAUAGACGUCGUAAAUAUUUAUGAAGGUAUUGGACCUGACCGGAUUUUAAGAGUAUCCAUUUGGGGAACAAAUCCAGGAAAUUUUAGAAUUUUUUCAAAUCAAGUGACCGUGGAGUUUACAAGUGAUUCUACAUCCAGUGGUCUUAGUGGUUUUGAAGGAAUGUAUUCAGUGUUCACCAUUAGUGGAAUGACAAAUGAGGAGAAGAUUGACUGCAGCUUCGAAGAAGGGUUUUGUUACUGGAUUCAGGAUCUAACAGAUGGCGCAGAAUGGGAGAGAUUCAAUGGUCCCUAUUAUCCACCACUGUCUGGACCUGAUUAUGACCAUACAUUUGGCAAUGAGUCCGGUUACUAUAUAUCAACACCACCUGGACCUGGGCUUGGCCAAAUAAUUAGACUCAUUAGCCUUCCCUUAACAUCCUCAUCCUCAUCAGAACCUUUGUGCCUCAGCUUCUGGUACCACAUGUAUGGUGUCAGUGUAUACCGCCUGUCUGUUCUCAUUACAUUUACAAAUAAUACAGAACAAGUUGUCUUUUCCAAAGAAGGAAAUUAUGGCCCAUACUGGAAUUUUGGACAGGUUACAUUAAAUGAAACUUCUGGAUCUGUGGUGGCAUUUGAGGCCAUAAAAAAUCCAGGUUUUAGUGACAUAGCAUUAGAUGACAUCAAACUGUCUGCCGGGAAGUGCAAUGAAAGCGGUUAUGAUGAACCAACUCGAGUUCCAACUCCUCCCACUACUACCAUUCAGCCAUCAAACUGUGGAGGACCUGUUGAGUUAUGGGAAACCAACAUUACGUUCAGCUCCCCAAACUACCCACAGAACUAUCCCAAUCUUGCAGCAUGUAUAUGGUAUCUCAAUGCAGCAGAAGGACACAAUAUCCAACUGCAUUUCCAAGCGUUUGAUCUAGAAAAUAUAUAUGAUGUUGUUGAAGUGAGAGAUGGCAGAGGAUCAGAUUCCUUGUUGCUGGCUGUUUACACCGGGAUGAAUCAAGUUCCAGACGUCUUCUCCACAACCAAUUACAUGACCGUGUAUUUUACAUCAGACUCAUCUACUCCUAGUAAAGGAUUUGAAGCUAACUUUACAACCGGUUAUCGCCUUGGCAUGCCAGAGGCCUGUAAUGCAUCUUCCUUCCAGUGUCACAGUGGAGAGUGUGUCUUAUUCAGCAGUGUCUGUGAUCAACAUUCAGACUGUCCCGAUGGAUCUGACGAGGCAAAAUGUGUACAACUUUCUAACAGUAGCUCGAGUGGACUGGUUCAGAUCAAGGUUCAGGCUGACUGGUAUACGGCAUGUGCAGAUCUCUGGACUGAAGGCAUUUCUAAUAAUAUAUGUCAUCAACUAGGACUAGGGAAUGUGAAAACGACAGCAGUUGUACAGACAAGUGGAAAUGGGACGUAUGUAAAAUUAGUUGAAGCCAUCGGAGGCGGCCUAAGCUUUCAACCCAGCAACUCUUGCAGUAACCAAAGCGUUAUUUACAUUGAGUGCAACCCCAGAGAAUGUGGUAAACGGCAAGUGAGCAAUUCCAAAAUAGUAGGUGGCACCAAUGCUGGAGUAGGAGCUUGGCCUUGGAUUGCGUCUCUGUACUUUAAUGGAAGACAAGUAUGUGGAGCAUCCUUGGUCAACAAAGAGUGGCUGGUGUCCGCAGCUCAUUGUGUUUAUGGGAGGAAUUUAGUACCGUCCAACUGGAAUGGCGUACUUGGAAUGUAUGAUAGCACCAACCUGACCUAUCCGCAAACAGAGAGGAGAUCGAUCGAUCAGAUUGUCAUCAAUCCGCAUUACAACCGGCGUACUAAAGAUAGCGAUAUCGUCAUGAUGCACCUCGAAUCACCAGUUAAUUAUACAGAUUAUAUCCAACCAAUAUGCCUGCCUGAGGGCCCGGAUGCGAUUGCACCAGGAUUAAACUGUACCAUUGCUGGCUGGGGUCGGACAGAAAGCCAAGGUCCCGUUCCAAAUAUAUUACAGGAGGCUAAAGUUCCACUGAUCUCCAAUGAAAAAUGUCAGCAGCGAAUGCCGGAAUAUAAUAUUAGCAAUAGUAUGGUCUGUGCAGGUUAUGAUGAAGGAGGAAUAGAUACAUGCCAGGGUGACUCUGGAGGUCCACUUAUGUGUGAAGUUGAAAAUCGAUGGAUCUUGGUAGGAAUAACCUCAUUUGGAGUUGGAUGUGCCCAACCAAAUCGACCUGGAGUUUAUGCCCGAGUGACUGCUUUUUCAGAAUGGAUUUAUAAUUUUAUCAUUUAA